AUGAUCCGGAACCCGAUACAUUCCACCCUCGGCCGGGGCAGGCCAGAGCUCACGCGUCUGAGCGAGGGUAUUGCCGCAUCCCUCCGCCAGUUCUCCAUCGCACAGGCCCGCUGCGAUGACAAGCCAUCACGGCCGAGCGGUCGCCAGCGGUCCGCCGCCGCCGCCAGCGAGCUCGUUGCGAUGAACGAGGACAGAAAGCCUGCGAGGGGUGCCGCGCCCCAGGCCGCCCGCGCCAGCGCCAGCAGACCAGCCGCCGCCACUCGAGCCCCCGAAAUGCCCAAGGUCAUCACCAUCGCCAACCUACGCGGCGGUGGUCUACGAGGCGGGAUCCAAGGCCGUUUCGCCGGUCCUAACAAGGCCCAGGGCCCCGGUGGCUCAGCAGCCUCAUCUGGUGCAGUCAUUCGCGGCGGUUUCCGUGGACGGGGGCGUGGGGGUGCUUUCCGAGGCGGCGCAGCCGGCGGACGAGGUGGUGCAGUAGGCGGCCGGGGCGGUGCAGGAGGCUACCGAGGUGGUGCAGGAGGCUACCGAGGUGGCCGCGGUCGUGGCCUUCGCAGAGGACGCGGUGACGAUCGACCGAUGAGGGGACCGCGGAGGACUCAAGAGGAGAAAGAAGACGACCAAGAAUACCAGCGUUUCAAGAACAUGGGGGAGGAGGACCCUGAAGUUUCUGCCUACGUCGAGAAGGUCGAAUGUGGAGUUGUCCAUACGUACACUCCGAUGGCCCCAAAGGAGCUGCUUGCUGAUCUCGCCGCCUACUCUCCUGCGGUUGCCUCCAGCGCGCCCAUCUCGCAGACCGCCACUACCCUCUUCCAGGCGAGAAUGCUUGGUGGUGGAAAGCCAUACCACCCCGACGAGUACACGCACCCUCGAGAUGCGAAGAAGCUGUACACCGAGGGCGAAGGCAUCUUCUUCCCCAGUCCUGAAGCAAAGGCAUGGACCGAGAAGGCUGGGAACUUCAACUUCAAAGCACCGCCUCAGGAGACAACUUCAGCUGUCCUGAACGUGGCGCUACAGGGCAAGUACGAGGGCCCCAAGUUUGCCCCAUCUACAGAUGCUUUUGGUACAAUCCAGAGCUACGUCAAGAGGGACGGCACAUGGAAUAUGGUUGCCGAGAGGGGCAUCGAGGCCAAGGUCAGGAGUCUCUUGGUUGCGGCGCCCAAGGGCGGCGCUCCCAAGCCGAAGGGCAAGAAGGCUUGA